AUGAAUUUCGCUCCCUAUCAAGACGAAUCCCCCGAGAUCGAGCGGGCGCUGUCCCCUCCCCAUCCCGACCCCCGCGGCAAGUCUCCCAACCUUCGAUCACCUAGAGCAUCGGCCGAUCUGCCUUCUCCAAGCCACUUUGCGGGAGGUGGACAUGGAAACACCAGCUUUGGACGAGAUGUUGAAGGUGGACAUGUGAGCUUGGGGGCCUUUGAGACAAGCCUUCCCAUUCGCAUGGAUGUGGAGGCUGCACUGGCGUAUUUAGUUUUACCUCCUGCUGGAGGUCUAUUUCUCCUAUUAGCUGAGCAUAAGAGCGACUACGUCCGAUUCCACGCUUGGCAAUCUAGCAUGCUUUUUGCUGUUAUCUUCGUGAGUAUUAAAUCCGUUGUCCAAAUUGAAACAUUAGCUGACGAGGUUGGAUAG